AGAGAGAGGGGGGAAGAGAGACUCAGAUUGCGUGUGCACGCUUUACCGUGUGUGUGUGAGUGUGUUGGUGAUGCUGGGAAUCGGACGACAUGAGCUCUACAUGAGUCGUGUAAAAAUGCUUUAAGACGCUCUCGGCGUUCGUGUCUGACCCCUCCGAACCGAGGACGAGCCUGAAGCGGAGCCGUGUAUAGAAAUAUCCAUCACGACCAGGAACAGCACUGUCUUAAGCCUGCAGAGGCAGAAUGCCGGAGCAGAGCAACGACUACCGUGUGGUGGUGUUCGGAGCAGGAGGAGUGGGGAAGAGCUCUCUGGUCCUGCGCUUUGUUAAGGGCACUUUCAGGGACACCUACAUCCCCACAGUGGAGGACACCUACCGGCAAGUGAUCAGCUGUGAUAAAAGCGUGUGCACCCUACAGAUCACAGACACCACGGGUAGCCACCAGUUCCCAGCCAUGCAGCGCCUCUCCAUCUCCAAGGGCCACGCCUUCAUCCUGGUCUACUCCAUCACAAGCAAACAGUCUCUGGAGGAGCUGAAACCCAUUUAUCAACAGAUCCUGGCCAUAAAAGGCAACGUGGAGUCCAUCCCCAUAAUGCUUGUGGGAAACAAGAGCGAUGAAACCCAUCGCGAGGUAGAAACCAAGGAUGGGGAGGACCAGGCCAACCGCUGGAAGUGCGCCUUCAUGGAGACGUCAGCCAAGACCAACCACAACGUUACAGAGCUCUUCCAGGAGCUCCUUAAUUUGGACAAGAAGAGGAACAUGAGCCUCAACAUCGAUGGCAAGCGCUCUGGGAAGCAAUCCCGCGCAGAGAGACUGAAGGGGAAAUGCAGCGUAAUGUAGAUCUCAAAGGAGGGGAAAAGGGAGGAGAGGGAAAAAGGGGGAGGGUAAGCUGAUCAGGAGAGGUAAAGAAGAAGGACAAGACAAAAAAGAGACCCUGUUAAUCUAAUCAAAGCAAACAUUUUGCAAUGGUAAUGGAAAUCCUACUAUCCAUAUCCCCCAUUUGUUUAAGUUGGGUAUUCAAAACCACUGUUCACCAGGAAGAAGCCGGUAAUCAGAACUGUCUGGCUAAGAGGUGAGAAGGCGGCAUAAUAUCAAGGAAAUGUUGAGAAGACAAGUAAAGAUGGCAGCAUGGACAUGUGCAUCAACUAAAUGCACCAAAAUCUGAGAUUGAUCACAGAAUGGAACCAUAAUCAAAACCGAAUGAAGGUCUCUGAUUAGUUGAAAUCAUUUAUUAGCCCAAUUCUUUUCAUUUGUGCUUCUCUGCUCACAUUUAAUCUCCUCCUCAGCCUCCCAACACCUCCAUCCUCUGCAUCUCCACUAUUCCAACAACCUUAAAAUAACUCAUUUUUAUUUAAUUCAAGAUCAUCAUCAUCUGGUGAAAUCACAAUCAGUCCUAAAUGUGGGAAUCACGCACCUGAGACUGCCAGCAUGAGCAGCACUCAGCAGAACAUACAACCACGGCCCGUCCCAGAGCAGCAGCGUCAGACUCGGAUGUAUAUAACCACGGGGACUCUUCCAUCUAACCUAAACAUGUUCAGCCUCAACUCAUUGUUCCGUCACAGGAGAGGAGCAAGUCCAGGCUGAAACUUCCCUUCAUUGUUCCCCCUCAGAGAAGGGAAAAAAGGAUUCAUUUACCAAACGAUCUUAAAAAAAAAAAAAACUCAUCAACAAAACCUUCGAAAGAUCAUCAUCUAAACUGACAUGGUAUCUAGCUGUACACUGAUACAGGCAACAAUCCUUUUAAAACUUUCAAAGACUGAAGCAGAAUAACUGAAGAGGAGGAAGGUGGACUCGCGUGAGGACAGAGGAAAAACAAGGCCGCCUUGUUUACCAGGAUGGUACACUUGGAUACUUAUUGCCAAGCUGCAAAGAGGAAUGAAAAAAAAAACAUGGGAAGAGGUCAAGAAUAUCAGCUUGCUUUGGCACUUUUCAUGUGAAAGUUUCUCUUUAUGCCUUUUUUUUUCUAGUCUGUUUGCUUUACGAUGGUCUUUAAAAACCACGCCAAGUGGGAAAGAAAUCCUUAAAUUUAAAGCACACCGAAGGAGAGAAAAAUAGGGCGCUAUAAGAAAACAUGCUCCAUGAGGAUUAUUCAGUGAACUGCUAACCUUGUUUCUCCUCGGCUGGUUUGAUUAUUAAUACAGAGCAGACAAGUUUGGAAGCUCUGGUAAAGAUGUGUUAAAAGCCUUAAAAUAAAAUCAAGAUUUAUGUCUGCGGACUAAGACGGUCAGGGAAGGAUGCUAAUUUUGUCUCUGUUGAACCAUUCCUGGGUUGAUUUGGCCAAAUGUUUUGAAUCAUUAUCCUGCUCAAAGUCCAGAAAUAUUUUGCCAGUAUCAUUUCCUAAAAUGGUCUCUCACAUCUCCUAUUUCGAAGUGCAACGAAAGGAAACCGGCAUCUGAUACAGGAAGUCGUGGAUUACUCGUUAAAUGUUCUUGGACACGCUAAACAUUUACUGGAACAAAGGUAAUUUCACAAAAACAGUUUUUUUUUCUCAGCAUGGACAAUUUUCCCUGCAAAAUAAAUGUACUCACACUAAAGGUUUUUUAGUAUGAUACAAUUAUACUGGAAUAAAAUAUCAUUUACUUCAUGGGUUUGGUAUCUGCAAAAGGAAGUUGGUCAGAGACAAUGGCGGCUUUGAUAAAGGGCAUGUAGGCGGUAGCCCAGGGUAGCAUUAGAAGGGGGGCGCUCAGAUAUGACCUGUAUGUAUAUGCAGUCAAUGGGAAGUUAGGGCCCUGUGUGUUGCCUAGGCGCCCCCUUCUUGGUGUUGUCAGUCACAGUAAGCCCAUGUUAGGUGAGGUGCAAACUAUCUUGUGACUUCCUCUCUUCUUUUAGCUGGCGCUACCUUUAGCCAUGCCCAUCUGGAAAGUUUGACAAAAUAAAAUUUUCACAACCUGCACCGAAGUGGAGGUUUGGGAUAGCAGAAGACGUGGCUCGCCCAGGGCACACAUUCAGGCUAAAACAAUCACCAACAAAAAGUAGAGAGAACAUUUGGAAAAAUGGAUUUCUUCAGAAUUGCUACUGCAAAAAAAAAAAAAA